AUGAACAGUGUUGAAACCGAAUAUUAUUCAAUUUGCGCGGAUACUCAAUUGUUGGAAUUUGUUGGAUAUAGAAAUGAACUUUCCAUGUUAUCCAUGACCCUAGCUCUUUUGAAGAGUCGUCUGCAUGCAUUAAAAACAGUCUCUUUUGAAGUGGAUGAAAAAUUGACUGAAUGCCAAAAGUUCGCUUUGAUGUAUCGAGCAGGUCAACAGGAUAUCUUUGAAAUUACCGUACAGAAAAUUGAGCAAAUGAAACGGAAUAUUAUUCAAAAGAUGAAUCAAGACAUCAAAGAGAAAAGAAUCGCACCCCUUGCACCCUUUUUAAACAUUAACAAUCCUGAUUACUAUCAGCCAUCUAUUGAAAUUGACAGCAGUAGCCCAUUUAUCACCUUAGAUACUGUUGUGAUUACGCCAAAGAGAUUGUUAAACAAGGACUCAGAGUUUUCUAAUGUUAUUUCAGAACUGUUUGAAGAUUCUGAGGAAGAGGCUGAUGUUAUCAUGAUGCUGUGCUUGAUUAAAGAAAAUUCAAAUCAGAGCAGUGAAUGGAGAGAAUUUUUUGAUAAAAUAUCAUUGAAUUGUCUAAACAUUCAAGCAGAUGAAUCAUUACAGGAAAUGUACAAUUCAAUGAUACCUGUAUUUUCUGAAGAAUUUCCCAGUGUAUUCAGCCCAGAACUAUUUACGUUGGAAUCAUUUGCUUGGGCAGACCACGUUUUGAACACAUAUUCUAUUGAUAACCCAUUAGCCAUUGUACCACUUUAG